AUGUCGAUCGCUCUCUUAAUUAUACUAUUAUUUACUGGUAUCAUUCCUCGAACACGUUCAUUCACAAUAUCUUCACCAUCUGUCAAUGAUUUCGAAAAGGUCAUCAAUAGUUAUACAACUACAGCUAUGUGUCGCUGUUCUCAAACAUCGAUUCCUUAUCCACAAUUUGUGUCAUUCAAUCCACAACUUCAUCAAGUUUGCUCAAGUGAUUUCGUCAGUGAAGAAUGGUUUUCCUCUUUAUUCAAUGUCAAUACAAGCAAUUACUAUCCUCUUGACUUUCGUUUGAUGGCUUCUGCACAAUUUCAAGUUUUAUCUAUUCUUUGUCGAAUAUCACGUCAAGCUGUAAGAGAUGCUAUCAAAGAAUUCACUAAAACAACAAUGUUGUCACCAAAUGGAUUGUCACGUGAUGUAUUCAAUAGUUAUGUAGGGGCGUCUAUUGAACAAUUUCAAAAAAAUACACUUGAGAAUUUCCGUUCAUUCAAUCAUUUUGUGUCAUCUUUGGUUGAAGAACAUCAUUUUAUAUCUGCAUUAAGAACAAAUUUCUAUACGAGAAGUGUUCCUGGUAGCAAUAUUUCUGUAACUUUUUCUGCCAUUUAUCCACAACAAGUCGACCUAACUCAAUCGUCAUCGAUGUUGAAUGAAAAAUGUCGAUGUGAUCGUACAAGUAAUUGUGUUUAUCCUGCUGGAAUUUAUAAUCAAUCACGAGCUAUCAUUCCGAAUGAAGUCUUUUCACUUGAUGAAUUGCCUCUAUUCGUUGUACCAGGAUUUCAAAUAGGAUGUUUACCUCAAAAUGCAUUACUUCAAUCAACAUUGGAAUGUUUUUAUAAUCAAUCAUGUUUAAAUAUCGUCAUUUCGUUGACUGGUGCUCUUCACACUGUCUCAGCUCUGAAUAUUUCAAAAUCUUUAUCACGAUUCAGUCCAACAACAACUAUUGGUGUUCUUUUUGAUAAUCUAAUGAUUGAAUCUUGGGAGAACUCUAUUGAUUUUGCCAUCUAUUUCCAAACUUGUGCACCAAAAGCUUGUUCAUAUUCAUAUUUACAACGUUUUUUUCUCAUUUACAUGAUUACAACCAUGACUAGUGUCUUUGGUGGACUAAGCGUAGCAUUGCAUAUCGCAUCUCCAUUGUUUGUCAAAUUCAUUUUACGUUUAUGUCGCCAGCGGAUUCAAACGAUAGAAGCCGAUGAAGGACAUGAAUCCAGUAGAAUUAAUUCACAACAAGUCAUUGUCAGAAAUCCAAGUCUGGAUCAAUUUGAACAUCUUCAUGACAUGUAUUCAUCGAUUUUAUCAUGUCCAUGUCGUUAUUCAUCGAUGCAACGUUCAACAUUCAUAUCCAACGAAGUACAAAUUCAUCCAUUUUGUACAAGUAGUUUUGUUCGCGAUGAUCGUUGGCUCCAAUAUUGGACAAUGAAAUUUCUCAAUGAUAUUCUGUGA